AUGUCAUCGACAGACGAUCGUAGCAAGAAGAUGCAACAUUGUUCUGUGGGAGUAGGCGGAAACGCUGUUGCAGCAAACUCAGGCUCAGGCUCAGGUUCAGGCUUCGACGCAGAACAGUGUACGGCUGGAGGAGUAAUAGGCUCGACUAGUGGGCGCCGAUCGUUGCGGAAACAACAACGUCGUGGAGUGAAUGCUAUAGCUCGUGCAGAACAUCAUGAUGAGACUCUAGUUGAGAGUAAUAUUUCGAGCGGAGCCGAAGAGGAAGAAGAGAAACAUCAGGAUGAGACGAAGCAAUCACCAAAUAAGUUGGUACAUACAGCACUGGAGUUAGCGUGGUCACUGUUCGGUCCGAACACGACCGUAGUGAAGACUCUACAGAUGUCACGAGCUCACAGAAACGGUGGCCAAGAACCACAUUCACUAUCGUCAGAUGUCACGUUUGCAGAAUACGCAUCGCCAAGCGAUGAGGAUUCGGCCUCAUUGAAGGAAGACGUAGAGGGUUCGUGCUGUCGGGAACUACGUCACCUGAGGCGUUGUGCGAGCGAUAGCGCUCUGUUCGUGCACAGUAACAGCUACGAAACGGCACUAAAUGGAGCGAUUUCGUCCGCCUAUGGAGUCCAAUUCAGCCAGCUUCAGAAUAACCCGAAUCAGAGCAAAAAUUUUCCAUCUUUAGGGGACAAUUUCUGUGGUGCCGGUGAAAGAACAGCGGAGGAUUCUGGGAUUACGGAUACGGCCGCGAAAAAGAUCGGAAGAGCAGAGGCAGCAGCUGCUCACGGUGACGCAUUCGCGAAACAGAAGCCGAAUAAGAUCCACGCUCAGCUAAAGACUGCUACAAACACACUAUCCAAAUCGCUUACCGAUCAAACUCGAAACGGUGACGGCGAUAAAGACAGCGAACAGUCAAUAAGAGAGCGACAUCGUGAGCUUGUUGAGGAGUAUUUCCAGCAUUGUGCUGAUUUUCGUCAUCCACGCCUUCAGAUCGGACGUCGUGACCAAACGGCUGCGGCCACUUGGCAAGACCGCUACUACUAUGAGUAUCAUCAGUAUUUGUGUAAGGUAUGGAAGGAAAUCAUCCAACAAGAGGUUCGAAGAGACCCGGACGAUUCAAUAGAGGGAGAUUUGAGAAGUGAUCUGAUCCAAGCGGAUCUGAAGAUGAGGCUAGAAUGCUUUUAA